UCGUGUGGGUUCACCACAUCAGCCACCACUCUUGCUUCUGAGCACAGGGUGCUCUCCUCUUGAGCUCAGCUUCUGCUUUUGCAGCCAAGCAUCCUUCCUUCUGCUGCCUGCCUGCCCACCCUUCUGGGCUUGCAGCCUUCUCCAGCCCUGCUGCUGCCAGCUGAGAAGCCUCCCUGCAGCUGCUGGGUUCUGCCUAGGACCAUGUGUGUGGAUGUUGCUCGGGAGAAGCAAGCACUUGCUCCUGGCACUGAUCCCAGCUGAGUUUCUCCUGUUGAUUUUGGGACCACAGAUGCUGCUGCUGAGGAGGUAUUUCCUGGCAUCCCUGCCUCCGCUACUGCCAGCUAAGGACCAGCCCAAAAGUGGGUGUCAGGAUGGGCCGCGCGGUGAGAAGCUGAUGCUAUCAAGCGAGGUGUGAAGAGUUGGCCAGAAUGACCAACUCCUCCUCCACGUCCACCUCCUCCACCACCGGGGGAUCGCUGCUGCUGCUCUGCGAGGAAGAGGAGUCGUGGGCGGGCCGGCGCAUCCCCGUGUCCCUUCUGUACUCGGGCCUGGCCAUCGGGGGCACGCUGGCCAACGGCAUGGUCAUCUAUCUCGUGUCGUCCUUCCGAAAGCUGCAGACCACCAGCAACGCCUUCAUUGUGAACGGCUGCGCCGCGGACCUCAGCGUCUGCGCCCUCUGGAUGCCGCAGGAGGCGGUGCUCGGGCUCCUGCCCACCGGCUCGGCGGAGCCCCCCGCGGACUGGGACGGCGCCGGCGGCAGCUACCGCCUGCUGCGGGGAGGGCUGCUAGGCCUCGGGCUCACCGUGUCCCUCCUGUCCCACUGCCUGGUGGCCCUGAACCGCUACCUGCUCAUCACCCGGGCGCCUGCCACCUACCAAGCGCUGUACCAGCGGCGCCACACGGCGGGCAUGCUGGCGCUCUCCUGGGCGCUCGCCCUGGGCCUCGUGCUGCUGCUCCCGCCCUGGGCGCCGCGGCCCGGUGCCGCGCCCCCGCGCGUCCACUACCCGGCGCUGCUGGCCGCCGCGGCGCUGCUGGCGCAGACGGCGCUGCUGCUGCACUGCUACCUGGGCAUCGUGCGCCGCGUGCGCGUCAGCGUCAAGCGGGUCAGCGUCCUCAACUUCCACCUGCUGCACCAGCUGCCCGGCUGCGCCGCCGCCGCCGCCGCCUUCCCGGGCGCCCCGCACGCGCCGGGCCCGGGGGGAGCCGCGCACCCGGCGCAGGCCCAGCCCCUGCCGCCCGCGCUGCACCCGCGGCGGGCGCAGCGCCGUCUCAGCGGCCUGUCGGUGCUUCUGCUCUGCUGCGUCUUCCUGCUGGCCACGCAGCCGCUGGUGUGGGUGAGCCUGGCCAGCGGCUUCUCGCUGCCCGUGCCCUGGGGCGUGCAGGCGGCCAGCUGGCUCCUGUGCUGCGCCCUGUCCGCGCUCAACCCGCUGCUCUACACGUGGAGGAACGAGGAGUUCCGUCGCUCGGUGCGCUCCGUCCUGCCCGGCGUCGGCGACGCGGCGGCGGCCGCCGCUGCCGCCACGGCCGUGCCCGCGGUGUCCCAGGCGCAGCUGGGCACCCGCGCCGCCGGCCAGCACUGGUGACCCGGCGGGGCCCCGAGGGAAGCGGAGAUGCCGAGAUGCCGACGUCAGCGUGGCCUCCUGCUCUCGUCAAGUACCCUCUGCCUGAACGAAGACUCCUGCUGGCCGAGCCCGAU